UUCCCUGACCAGGGAUCAAACCCAUGACCCCUUCAGUGGAAGCGCAGUGUCCUAACCACUGGACCACCAGGGAAUUCCCGUGAGCAGCUAUUAACACGCCAGUUAUGUAGUGGAUGGGCAGGAAAAAACACUGAAAAAUGUCCACUAUGGCAAAGGUAAGUAUAUUUUAGGGUGGUGAAAGAGAAGCCCCUUGGCCAGGCAAACAUUCAGAUGGUUGUCCUGUUCUCAACAUCAGAGUCCUCAGCAAGAAAACAAAACCAGAGUUCACGUGGCAGGGGGGUCGGACUGCGGAUCUCUCCUUUGCGGCGGCGGCGGCCAGAGAGCGAGAGUACGAAGUGUUGCAACCCGAGUCAUGGCAGGACAGGCAUUUAGAAAGUUUCUUCCCCUCUUUGACCGAGUAUUAGUUGAAAGAAGUGCAGCCGAAAUUGUAACCAGAGGAGGCAUUAUGCUUCCAGAAAAAUCACAAGGGAAAGUAUUGCAAGCAACGGUAGUAGCUGUUGGAUCCGGCUCUAAAGGAAAGGGUGGAGGGAUUCAACCAGUUAGUGUGAAAGUUGGAGAUAAAGUUCUUCUCCCAGAAUAUGAAGGCACCAAAGUAGUUCUAGACGACAAGGAUGAUUUCUUAUCUAGAGACGGUGACAUUCUUGGAAAAUACGUCGACUAAAAUUAGUCACUAUUGAAAUGGCAUCACGUGAAGCUGUCACUGAAGUUCUGAAAUCUUUCAUCGUGUAAAUAAUUUCUGUGUUUCUUUUAUAAUAAAGUAAUGAUAUCCAAACGAAUGAUAUUCAGUGUCUCUGAAAUUUAGUUUCUCUGUAUUGAUUUAAA